AUGAAACAUUUANUAAUAAAAAUUAAAAGCCAUUUUAAUGAAACAUUCAUUGUAAGAGCACUGCUCGAUUCAGGCUCUCAAACUAAUUUUAUAACCACUGAGUUAGCGCAAAGAUUAAAAUCGCCACGAAAAAGAUCACAAAAUAGUAAUUACAGUAGCCAACUCGAUUUUUUAACGUUAUCAAAAAUAACUUCAUUUUUACCAAACGAAACAAUAAACACAACUGGUAUAAACAUACCUAAUGACGUUAAAUUAGCUGACCCACAUUACGACGUACCUGGCAAAAUAGAUGUACUACUCGGUGCUGAAUGUUUCUAUAGUAUACUAAAGGCCGGUAAACAUAAGGUAGAUGCAACUGAAAUAAUUUUCCAAGAAACAGAACUAGGCUGGAUAGUUGCAGGAUCUGUGUCCAGUUUAGCACAAACAACUACAAAAACAUUUUUCAAUUCGAUUGUAAUUGAUAACCAAGUAAAUUUAAAUGAAUUGAUGUCAACAUUUUGGCAAGUAGAAGAAAUGGGUUCAAACAAAAAACUCAGCAUUGAAGAAAGGUCUUGUGUCGAGCAUUUUGAACCUACGGGAAAAANCAGUAAAACGUGA